GUAACUAUCAACUAUCUUUCUCAGGUUUCAAAAGACAACUUCAAUUUGCUGAGCAGAACCAGUCUAGAUGCCAGAAAAUCUAUGAACAAGCUUCACGACAACAUAAUCUCAAACCUUCAGUACAUCGACAACAAAACUAGUGAGCAUUUCAAAAUAUCCGAUGACAGCAAUGUCAUGUUGAAGAAAAUGAAAGCAGAACUGAAAGAAGACUUCAAUAACUAUGCGAACAAGGUAGCAGAUAUGAAUUCAGACAUGUGGAAAAACAGUGAUACUACCGAAGAUGACUUGAAAGCGAUUGCAUUUGUUGUCAAUAGCACUAAGGACGAAAUGCAAAAUGGCGUAAGAGCACUGAUGUUACAGAUUGGAAAGUUGUCAAAUAAAGAAAUUGAUAUACCGCUGGAUUCAAGUAAUCGAUAUGAAGAAUUUGAGAAGAAAUUAAACGACAAUUUUGAAAAAAUACUCACAAACCAAGACGUAUUUCUACAAAGCUGUUACAGACUGCAAAAGGACGAAUCUCAGAUAGAGACCCAAAUUAGUGACAUCCUCAACAAACUCAUCGAUAUGCUGGAGAAAAGAUUGGGAUCAGAAGCCAAGGACUUCAAAAACUUGGAGAAGGCACUCAAGAACCACGACAGCCGAACAUACAGGAACGUAUACCAGGCGAACCAGAACAUCAUAUCCUUAUUCGACAAAACUACAGUGAGCACGCAAACGUUGACGAACGAAAUAAAAAAAGUCAACAGUGACUUGAACGCUUUGUUUGCGUUCGUCCAAAGCACCCUUCCGGAAGCGACACCCCUAUCUUCAAUGGACAGGAGGGUUGGUAUAAUACAUAAUUAGUAAAACAUAUUGAUCGUUGAGAAAAGAAAUAAUCAGAAGUGGGAUAUUAUUCUUUGAAAAAUAUCAUAGAACUUACCGAUACUUGA